AGUAAACAGACUUGUUUUGAUCUGUCAAGAAAUCAGACGACAGUGCUAGUCAUACCACAACGCAGUAGUUAGUGUCACUGUGACCAAACUGUCCAUGUAAAUCGGUUGGUUUUGGACGAACACGAAGGUAUCUUCGUGCCGUCGUUUUGUUCCAUUUAAGUGUCUUAUCUUGUUGUUUUAUAGUGCGUUACCUGAGCUAGCAGGCUAACCCGCUGAUAGCUGACUAGCAUGUUCUGCACCGUGUAAACAAACUUAACAUUAGCCGACAGCGUAGUGGCAGCUAGCAGUAUAGGUCGACGGAAGGGCGUAUGCAUGUAGCUAUUGUACUUCCACGUCUUUUUAUGUGCUCCGUAGAUUAAGCUAUGUCGUAAAACCCGUGUAUAACGUGUUAAUAGAUCAGGAACUGACAAGCAGUGACAUCUCAAGCAACCGUAACGUCAACCACCCGUCUUAAGCCCUUUCGUUUCUUUACAUGCCGACAGCAGUUGUGGCUUAAAUUCAGCAAUGUGGAGGAACACUUAGAAUGGCGUUAGCACUGGACAGAUAAUGAAGCCUGAGCAGCAGUACUCUGGCAUGGCUGAGAAAGGAAAGCUGAGUCCAAUGGGAGGACGCGCAGGCUCAUCGGGCCGCCCGAGCCGACAGACCUACAACAGUUCAGCCCACUUCCGCAGCCUGCUGGACGGCCUGCUGGACCUCAGACAGAGUGGCAUCCUGUUCGAUGUGGUGCUGCUGGUGGAGGGUCAACCCAUCCAAGCCCACCGUAUACUUCUGGCAGCCUCUUGUGAUUAUUUUAGGGGGAUGUUUGCUGGAGGCCUUCGCGAGACACAGCAGAAGGAGAUCCCGAUUCAUGGAGUGUCUCACAUGGCCAUGAAGAAAAUAGUUGACUACAUUUACACGUCAGAGAUUGAGUUAGACCUGGAGUGUGUGCAGGAAGUCCUGACCGCUGCCACGCUAGUACAGCUUGAGAUCGUCAUCAGCUUUUGCUGCGAUUUCCUUUUCUCCUGGCUGGACGAGAGCAACAUUUUAGAGGUCCAUCAUCUAGCUGAUCUUUACGGACUGCAGCAACUCAAUGCCAGGAUCCACUCUUACAUCCUCGAGAACAUCCAGACUUUGUCUCGCACUGAUGUGUACCGACAACUCCCCCAGGACGAAGUCUUCAGCGCGCUGAGCAGCGAAGAGCUUCAGGUGAACAGUGAGAACGAGGUGUACGAGGCGGCUCUUCACUACCACUACAGUCCUGAGCAGGUGGAAACUGACCAGGUGUACUUGCAGGUCAGUCCCAAGGACAAUCUCAAGAUGCUUGAUGCCGUCCGUUUCUGCCUGAUUGAGAAACAAGUGUUGCAGAGGCUGUAUGUCAGACUGCACCAGUGUCCACUGAAGGACUCGGUUUCAGCCGCCCUGCGGUACCACGAGCAGGAGAUCUGGCAGCCCGUCCUGCAAAGUCCUCUCACCCAGCCACGGUCCACCUUCCACUGCAUAUUGGGCUUUGGGGGGAUGUUUACCUCCUCCCUGACAGACAACAAGCAUUUGUUUCAGGUGUUCCACCCGAGCUGGGGGGAGUGGAGGACCCUCGCUGCAGCUAACACCCCCCGCAUGUCCAACCAGGGCAUUGCUGUGCUCAACAACUUUGUUUAUCUAAUUGGAGGAGACAAGAACACCAGUGGGUUUCGUGCAGAGACGCGCUGCUGGAGAUACGACCCUCGUCACAACAGCUGGUGCUCCAUCCAGCCCCUGCAGCAGCAGCAUGCUGACCACUGUGUUUGUGUGAUGGGCGGCCAUAUUUAUGCCAUUGGUGGACGGGACUACAGCAAUGAACUGGAGUCAGUGGAGCGCUACGACCCAAACACCAACAAGUGGGAAUUUGUAUCACCCCUGAAGAGAGAGGUUUACGCCCACGCUGGAGCAGAGUUGGAUGGGAAAAUGUAUAUAACAUGCGGACGAAGAGGAAUGGCGUACCUCCGAGAGACCUACUGUUUUGACCCUGCGGCCAAUCAUUGGACAGCUUGUGCUGAGGGGCCGGUGGAGCGAGCGUGGCACGGCAUGACUGGCGUUAACGGACGCAUUUAUGUUAUUGGAGGAAGCAAUGAUGAGCGUGGGUAUCGGCGUGACGUCCUGAAGGUGUCAUGCUUUAACCCUGAAGCCAACUCUUGGUCCUUACUGACCCCCCUCCCUCUUGGACAUGGAGAACCCGGCAUUGCUGUGCUGGACAGUCGCAUCUACGUCCUGGGAGGACGCUCUCAUGACAAAGGCAACAGGAUGAAAUACAUUCACGUGUACAACACCGACGCAGACGAGUGGGAGAGUGAGACGGAGUUUAAGGAGCGUGUCUCUGGCCUGGCAGCCUGCGUGGUGCUCAUGUCCCCUGCUGUGAUCGCCCAGGCCAGGAGCUGGGAGCAGCGCACAAAGGCUUCAUGGGAAGAUGUGGACAUCUCGGAGGACUCCAGCGAGGACUGAAGCAGCUGUGUUAAACUUAAUGUCUGAACUUAAUGUCUGUCUGAUCACUGGAGACUGUCGUGCACUUUUCUAACACAGCAUGAUGAAGUACCUGGAGGAUAUCGUUUGGCAGCAUCGUGUCCUCCUUGCACAUUGAUCACUUUGAGUGCCUCCGAACCAAAGUGUCGUUCAGGACCGUUGCACCCUUUUUUUGUUACUUUUCAAAUAUCUUCUUAGAUAAUCAUAUCCCUGCUGAAAUGCUACUGUUAUGAUAAACAAUGCGUCUGCAUUGUUUAUCAUAGAGAUAACCUCUUUAUCUUUAAGUGACGAGUGAAGACUACUGGCUAUGCAAUAGCACUCUCAGUGACCAACGUUUGACGGAGGAUCUUCUAAAAUUGAAUUAAGACUUUUGAGGUAUACAUUACAGUCAUUUAGCAGACGCUUGUGUCCAAAGCGACUUACAAUUCAGAUUCUAUCACGUUCAUUCAUAC